UGUUUGCGUGCGCGUUAUUAGCGGCCCCAAGUGCAUUGCAUUUCAAUUGAACCGCGUUCAGCUGCAUCAUUUUGUUUUCUUUUUCCUCUGUCGUAUCGAUACGGAAAGGCGCUUGUGUAAGGGAAAAAAAGUGAUUUGGCAGAUUUUCUAGCAAGAGUCGCACCGUUCGGGACAAACGUUCAAUCAACAAACAAUGGAUGUACUGCAGAAGUAUCUUGGCCUGAUCAGGGUGCCGUGCGGCAACGAUAACGUUUACAAAGAGGAGUGUGUUUAUUGUUUCGACAAUCCGGAAUAUUCUUCCGGUUUGUACGUAAAUCUGACGACUUUCCUCGGAUUUGGCGAGCCAUACGCGAGGGGUUACGCGGAAAAAACUGGCAACCGAGUGUUUCUGCAUCUGAAGCGGGACAAGAUUGAGGUGGCAGAAUCGCCAGAAGAAGGACCGGAGAAAAAGAUAACCCGGCUGGCUAUCGGAGUCGAGGGUGGCUACAAUCCGUCCGAGCAGAAAAAGUACGAGUACAAGGAGCACUACAAGGUGAUCAUCCUGCCGGAUGGGGUUUGCUUCGGCUAUCCGAAUCAGGAGUUACCACUGCUCGUUCAAAACGCAGUGGAAGCCGUACUAACCGCGGAAGCAGCUUCCGUUAAACGGGAAAGAGAACAGCUGACCGGUACAUGGGACGGCGAGGUCCGUCAGGUUUCCCGACAUGCGGAAAAUCUGCUGCAGUUGGAUAAUGGUCGAAAGAUUCCACCGACCGGGUGGAAAUGCGAACAGUGCGAUUUGACUAGUAAUCUGUGGUUGAAUUUGACCGAUGGGUCGAUUCUGUGCGGACGUAAGUUUUUCGAUGGUUCCGGUGGAAAUGAGCACGCUUUGAAGCAUUUCCAUGAGGUCGGCUAUCCGCUGGCUGUCAAGCUUGGAACGAUUACCAGUGAGGGGAAGGGAGACGUUUACAGCUAUCAGGAGGACGAUAUGGUGGAGGAUCCGUACUUGGUCAAGCAUUUGGCACACUGGGGAAUCAACGUUGGUCAGCUGGAGAAAACGGAAAAGUCUAUCAUCGAGUUGGAGUUGGAUUUGAAUCAGAAGGUGGGCGAAUGGGGUAUUCUGUGCGAGACGGCCAGUAAUUUGAAGCCGAUCGCCGGUCCGGGUUUGACAGGGAUGAGAAAUCUUGGUAAUUCUUGCUAUUUGAACAGUGUCAUGCAGGUGAUGUUUACUGUUCCGGAUUUUAUCCGACGGUUUGUUGAAGGCGGGAAGGAGUAUUUCAAUGCCUAUCCUGCUGAUCCGGCAAAUGAUUUCAACAUUCAAAUGGCUAAGCUUGGAACGGGCUUGUGCAGUGGUCGAUACAGCGUACUGACGGAGAAUAGCAUGGAUACGGUUGAUUCAGGAGCGGGAAUUGCUCCCACUAUGUUUAAAGCAUUGAUUGGAAAGGGUCAUCCGGACUUCUCAACCAAGCACCAGCAGGAUGCGCAAGAGUUCUUUUUGCAUUUGAUUAAUACGCUACAAAAGCAUAGUCGCCACCAGACGAAUCCGUCUGACGCCUUUAAGUUCUGCAUUGAGGAUCGAGUUGAAUGUUGCGCCAGCGGAAAAGUGAUGUACAAUCGGCGCGACGAAUGGUGUCUACCGUUGCAGAUUCCUCUAAACCUGGCCACCAACAUCGCCGAAGUUAAAAAGUACGAAGAAGAUCUCGCUCUGGCGGAAAAAGAAGGUCGGCGACUUGAUCCGGAUGCUUUGGUGCGUCCCAAAAUUCCUCUCAGCGCUUGCUUGGAUGCUUUCGCUAAGCCGGAAACUGUCGAACAGUUUUACAGUUCGGCUAUUAAUGCCAGAACAACGGCCAAAAAAACGACCAAACUAGCCACCAUGCCAGACUUUUUGAUGCUGCAUUUGAAAAAGUUUACUCUUAAGGAAAACUGGACUUCAGUCAAGUUGGACGUUGCAAUUGACAUUCCCGAGAUACUUGAUUUGGAAACCCUUCGCGGUACGGGAAAGAAACCGAACGAGGAAGAGCUGCCGGAGCUGGCUGAGAAGGCUCCGACUCCUCCGCCGAUGGAUCCGGCAGUGAUGCAGCAGUUGACCGACAUGGGAUUCCCCCCGGAAGCCUGCAAACGAGCGAUCUUUUUCACUAAAAAUUCCGGUGCCGAAGCGGCAACGCAAUGGAUUAUGGAACAUAUUGCCGAUGCUGAUUUUACCGCUCCAUUCGUUCCGCCGGGGACGGAUGUCGGCAAGAACAAAUCCGCAGCUGCUUCUUCUUUCGUGCCCGACGCAAUGGGACUGGAGAUGCUGAUGGGAAUGGGUUUCACCGAGCUGCAAGCCUCCAAGGCUUUGAAGGAAACCCAAAACAACACCGAACGGGCGGUCGACUGGAUCUUGUCGCAUACCGAUGAGCUCGAUAGUUUGGCCCUGGGUGGUGCACUGGAAGAAUCCUCGCAAGCGCAGGCCAGUUGCUCCACCUCGAGUGCAGCGCAAUACCGGGACGGAACUGGAAAAUACAAACUGGUGGCAUUCAUCUCUCAUAUGGGCACCUCCUCGCAGGUUGGUCACUACGUUUGUCACAUCCUCAAGGACGGCCAGUGGGUGAUCUUCAACGACAACAAGGUGGCGAUUUCGCAGAGCCCACCCAAGGAGCUUGGCUAUCUGUAUCUGUACCAGCGAGUCUGAGGGGCAUUUUCUUUCGAACUUUCGGGCCAAUGAAUGCACUCUACAAUUACACUGUUUCCUCUGUUUAUUGAUUUUCUUAAGCUAAUACGUUUAACGCUAACUUAUUGUCUAUCAACCGAGAACAAGAAAAAUAAUUAAACAUCAAUCAACAACACAACACUCUUCACG